AUGAACGCACCACUUGCUGAUACCAUGCUGGCAUGGUCACAGAAUGAACUUGACAUAUACUCCACCUUAUCACUUAUACCUGUCCUAUCUGACCUGAAUUGGAUAGAUGAUAAAGUCAUAGUCUGUUUCGCUCACCGUUACUUUUCCGAAAGUGUACCUGAUCUCAUUCAGCAGUUAAACCAGCCGAACCGUGUAAAACUAGUCGAACUAUUCAAAGAACGUGUCGGCCUUGACCUCGAAACAGACACGACCACUUGGCUUCACCAACUUUUCAAGUGGGCAAGGACCCAACAAGACGUUUACAGAGAACAAGAAGGCUAUAUGGAGUUUGAAAAGAAAGCCAAUCAAUUACUCUCUCAACUAUUACAGUUGUAUCAUCCACUCGUUGACUUUUUGAAUAAGGAAGAGCAAAGUGUAACAUCAUCCAGGACCAUCACCACUGAAAGAAAAGGCUCUUUUUCAUCUUUAUUAGAAGAACAAUCCAUUAUCAACAAGCAUCCUUCAUCAUUCGAAGACUUUGAAUCUGCCUAUCAAACGAUCAAGUCUCGAGACCUUGUAGAUUUCCAUGCAUGCAUACCUCAUUAUUUACGCUCACAUCCUAAUCUAUCAGCCAUAAACGCAACACAGGCCGCACUUGAAUACCAGCUGCAUAAGAGAGAGCUUUUACGACACACGACACAAUUUCAAACGACAGCUGCAUAUAUCCGUAAUGAACUUGAAUUCAUUCAAGCCAAGAUGCUCAAGACAACCACCACAGACACAGGCAUACAAGACUUGGAAGAAAGGGCUCAAAAGGCUGGCGCUUUAUUAGAUUCUUUACCAAAACUCGAGGACCAGCAGGAACAGUGUGAGACAUUAGUAAGCAAGUACAAAUUAAUUUGCGCAUGGGUAGAGGAAGUUCGCGUGUGGUUUGUGGAAGCGGAAAGGAUCCGGAAAUGGAUUGAAGAACGUAUCGUGUUGUUGGAAGGUAGACCACCUGUGGAAGCACUGGAUGAAGUCGAAUUGGAUUAUACAUUAAAACAAGUGGAACAGUUGAAUCAGGAGCAUGAAGCUCUGGAAAAACAAGUGGAAACAUUCGACAAGCAGGACAUGGCUCGUCUAAGAGCCCACGUGAAAGCGUUGACGGGAACUGAUAAAGAUCUCAGUCCGGCAGACACAACUACCAUCGAAAUCACAUUCACAACCCUCAUGAUCUUGGAUCGAUUGAUGCAUCUUCUUCGACGGCGUUCAUAUGAACUCCAGAUGCUCACCUUACGCGUCUAUUGGGAACAGGAAUAUAAUGUAGCUGUUGGCUGGGUUCGGUCCAUGACAGAGCAGGUCAAGACAUUUAUGGGAAAAGAGGCACGCUGGAGACCUACACUGUCCCACACGAAUGAGUUCAAGAACGAGGUGAUUGAAAAAUUGAUCGGUUUUGAAAAACAGUGUACAGCAUUUGAUCAAGGGCAGUUCACAACGACGGUCAACAUGUAUCAAGAUUUGGAUGAUUCGUGUCAUAUGGAACUGCCCAGUCAUCUCGAGUCAAGACAGGUCGCUUUGGAGGAAGCGUUUGAGGCGCUCACGAAUCGUGUCGCUUUUGCUCGUCAGGUUGUUGAGCAGUACUUGAUGGUAACUGAUUUUUUGGAUCAUGCGGAUGAGCUCAAAAUGGAGGGUGAACAGCUGCGUCAAGAGAUUACCCACGCUGAACAGCAACUAUUGUCAAGUCCAGAUCUAAGCGAGAAGGUCAAUCAGUUUCAAGAGAAGGCUGUUCGUUUAGUCACUGGAUUAGCCACCAGAAUACCUUAUCCAGACACUACGCAUCCAAGUGAUCAACAAGAUAAUGAAGAUGCUAAUGAAACCAUCCGCAUGGUUGUGGGGGCUCGAAAAUCAGCGUUGAUCUUACUUGGCGAGGCUCUCGAUCAGGCAUUGAGCUCACAUAGACGUGCGCUUCAGCUUCAGAAACGGGCCAAGCAACUACAGGACGAAAUUAAUCGUCUCACAGGCUGGGUAGAUGAACGUUUACGGGCAUUGGCUAAGGCGAAAGUAGAUGUGUUCGUUGGUAAAUGUGCCCUGGACGAAGUCGAUUUAGCGCGUUUACGUAAAGAACGCGAUGGUCAGGUAUCCAAGCUGAAAGGAAUUAAAGAGAAUGAUGUGAAAAAGUUGCAUGAGAGUAUACACGCACUGCAUGCUUCACCACACCAUCGGUCCUAUAUGGAUACACUCAACGAGAGUUUGAAAAAACUUGAACAGCAGCUGAGUAAACUGGACGAGGCUCUUUCAGCUCGCAGUUUAGGCUUAGAUACUCUUGCCAAGCGUAUCUCUUGGGAAAGCCAGUACAGCAAGGCAUCUCAGUGGAUCUCAAGUAUGACAACAAAUAUAUGGGACUUUACAGCAAAGAAAGCGCAAUGGCGUCCUAAAGAUAAUCCCAUGUCAGACUGGAGCCAGGUUGAGCAAGAGUUUAAAGACAUUCAGGCCAAGGUGGAUACCUUUGAAUCUCGACAAUUUGAUCAGCUUCAACAUGAAUUUCAUGUUCUUAUCGAAGGCUUCAGCAGGAUAAAGCAAGAUGAUACACCUGUAGCUGACGAUAACAACCUGACAGCGGAGCAUGUCAAGCGUCGACAGGAUGCUUUAACCGCAAACUUUGCUCAUCUUAAAGAACUCUGUCUAUACACCCAAGGUAUUCUAGAUCAACAUAUCGCUCUAGAAAAGUUCUCGGCACGUGCAUCUGAGCUAUAUGGACAAGGCGAAAAACUGAUGAUCGACUUACAGCAACGCCUUGACGAUCCAUUGUACAGUCAGGAAGACGAUGUGGAACUGGAGGAGGCUGUAAACGAAUACAGCCAUCAGGCGCUUGAUAUCUGGACUAGUCUAGGCUCGCAAAUCCCUUACCCUCAAUGCAACGAAGAGGCACGGGCGACACGACCAUCAACAGCAGACGAUGAAAUUAGUACAGACAUUGCUAACGUCGUGUUCAAGACGUAUACGGACCUACAAGGCAUGGCUGACCAAUUGAAAGAGCUGUUGUCCCAGUUAAGAGCUGCCGUUCAGCAUCGAAAAGAACUGGAAGACUGUGUGCAGAAAGCGACAAUGCUAACCAAAACUAUGGCACAGAUCAAGCAACAGCACAUGAGUAUGUAUACAUUUGAAGACCAGCUUUAUGCUACCACGAUGCAUAUAUCCGGUACGAAACUUGAUGCUAAUGCACUGUCAGAAAAAGUUUCAGCCUUGAACGACAAAGAGUAUCAGCCCCUCAUCGAGCGUAUCCAGAUACUUCAGGACUUGGAGGCUCCAAUCGAUAAACAUCGACUCAUGGCACCUACUAGCUUACUGCAGUCAGCUUAUAAACAGCUCCAAGAAUUCUCUGUCCUAUUUACUCACCAAGUUAAAUGCUAUGACACUCGCCUUCAUUGGGAAUCGUUGCUGGCAAAUCACGUACACAAAUUAGAGACUUUGCAAGAAUCUGUUCGUGACACCAUCAACGAAAAGAACUUUUGGUUAUCUCGUGAGGAUGACACGAAUCAUAAGGACAACCUGCUUGAAAAACUUGUCGAAGAAUUGACGCAACACGACAAGAUCUUGAAGGAGUAUGCUAAUCAAGAUCUACCAUCUCUAGAGAUCGCUCAUCUCAAUAUGACAUCGGCGUUUGACGCGCUAGAUAGCAGUAAACCGGUGCCUGUGCUUGAUAAGCAAUCUGAUAUAAAGAAAUCGGUACACAAGCUACAGAACUUACUUACCCAACAAGUGUCCGAAAUCAACCUUUUACACGCACGCCAUCGUUGGGAAUCGCAUGCUGACAAAGAACUAAGGGCAUGUAGUGAGUUUGAAGUAGAGAUAGAGUCUUUUAUUAAAGAUUAUGCCCGUUGGAAAUCAGAGCAAGUUGAUGAAAAAGAGAGCAGCAAGCGUCUAGACGAGCUUCAGUCCACAUUUGCUCUACACGUAAAAACAAUCCAGCACCUGCUGGAUGAAUUUACUGGGUUGAAGCACUUGACAGAAGCUACAAACAAACGUAAAUCAUCACUUGAGAGCAAUAAGGGCCGUAUGCAGGGUCUUCAGGGAUUCAUGCACGAAGUUCUUCGUCAGACAGAAAUGAUACGUGCUUGCCUCGCUCGUAUCCAAGAAUUCGAAAACAGAGCAGAAUCACUCAAAGCUCAAUUCCUGGCUGCUGAUGGCAUUCAAGAAGGAUUCGAAGCAGCGUUCGAAACGUACAAGUCUGAUGUGCACCAGUUGAACAAGACGAUUCCCCAUCCACUGCCUCGUAACGAUAAGGAUGACGUAGAUUACAACACAUCCGUUUCCGAUAUGAUUCAAGCACGGUACGUAAGACUAGAGGAACUUGCUAGCUUGCUUCAAUCUAUUCUCGAAAGCAAAGAAAAGCUCUCUCGUCGUCGCGCUGCUGAAGCUAGUUACUUAGCCGAAGCAACAACAGUCAAGGAAUGGAUCCAGUCCAAGUGGAUGGCUAUUGAUCAAGUGGCAGAGAAUGUAGAUGAAGACCUACAAGGUUCUGUCAGUGCAGUGGCAGCUAUUCAGUCGACUGUUCUAGCCUACUCCAGUUCCAUCUUAGCCCUUCAGGCAUCUCUAGUCAAGUAUAUGGCCCUGAUGGAAGAGGACGACGAUACGCUGCAGACAAUGCAAGCGGAUAUGGAUGCGCAGUACCGAAAAUUAUGUGAGCACGUGCAGACAGUCAAAGACGAUCUUUCAGAACAGCUUCGCCGUGCUGAGUGGACUCGGUUGGUAAGCGCAUUCAAUACUGUCUGUGCUGAGUUGACGCAAGAAAUGACAACUUUACAAGUUGAAGAUAUUACAGAAUCUGUUACAUUAGACUGGCAGGAACGUGUCAAGGCUUUGGAAAUGAAACAACUCGAACCUAUCAAGGCCCGCGCUUUAAAUGAUGAUGACAUGAAUCAGGUAUUAAAGACACUGAAUGACCUUAAGGGGUUCAUGCAGUGCCGUAUACAUGAAGCCAAUAAUUAUCGAUGGAAGCAAAAGUAUCUUGCUGACGCUCACGAUCUUGAAUCAUGGUUGAAAGAGACAAAGGAAGCAGUAACUGAGUUCCGAAAAAACCAAGGCUCUGUACAAGAAAAGGCUGAUCCCAUCAAGGAAAUCAAAGAAGUCUAUAACAAGAUAUGCGAAUCUAUUGAAGGCCGAAAGGACAAGUAUGAGGAACUUCGUUCAUUCCACAAGUUCCUUCAGUUGAACAGUUUGACCGAAAUGGAUGAACGGCAACAGAGCUUAGAAAAUGAAUGGAAACAACUCCAAGGAGAUGUAGUGCAAGCCAACCAAUUAGUUGAACAAGUUGGCCAGUGGGUUGUAUUGUUUGAUAAACUUGAUGCUGCAAAAGCGACAUUAAAGGCAACUGUACAGACAUUGGAAGCAUUUGAUGAAAGUACAGUGUUGGAAGAGCUACCUGAGCUAUUUGACCAUGAAGAAAAGCAACUUUCUGAUCUUCUCAGCAAUCUUGAUACAUUACUAUCUGCUGCACAAAACCUACAUUGUCAGGCACCAGAUGAGGCUCGCCAAACCAGAAGCAACAUGAACGCUUUCGAGGAACAACAACGCAAACUUUGUCAAGAAGUAACCGAAUCUCAGCGUUUGUUAACUGACAAGUUGAAACUAGCUCAAAGACAAGUCAGUCUGAAUACAUGCCAAACUAUAACAUCUGCUGUUAGCCAAAAUGUUCAUAAACAAAUCGAGUUGUGGGAAAAAGACCUUGAAGCGAUUAGACACGUAAUCGAUACUACAAACAAACUCGAGCAGGUUUAUCUUGACAAACGAGGAUCUACCUUGGAAACGAAACGAGCAGAAUAUAGUAAUCAAGAAGCACAAAUCAUUCGACCCGCUCUGCUUCAGUUAAAGAAUGAUCAUUCAGUAGACAUAAAACCUAUGGAAGACGAACUUGCAGCUGCGUUUGAUAAACUUGAUAUGGCUAUCAAAGCAGAAACAGGUGUUCAAGAAAUGAUUCGUAAACUCCUUGGACAAAUCAAGAGUUCAAAAGACAUUUCUACUUGGGUAACUCAGUGCCACCAAGCCAUUGAACAGACAGACCCACAUGAUGAAAAUGCUGAAGAGAGUAUGAAGGCGCUAGAUGAAAAAAUGGCCGAUUUCAAGCCUGUAAUGACAUCAUUUGAGAAAAUGGUGGAAAGUAUCAACGACAUGCCUAUACCUGAAAUUCGUGUGCAAGGUGUAUGGACUGACUUGGUGGCAGCAGCCAACGAAAAUGCCAAGGUCGUCAAAGAGGAAUGGGAUACACUGGAGCAGGCAAGAAAUGAGAUGGCAGAUGAUAUUCAAAGAACAAUGCGUGGUAUCGCUAUGCUUCGAAAAAUCAAACAUGUUAUUAUGCUAUUAGCAGAAACAAGAGAAUACCUUGACAAUAUCAAAGUACCUCAGUUGGACGAAGAUACUGUACCAAACUCAGACAUCAAAAUCGUUGUGGAGUCGGAAGAGCGCAAUGGAGCAGAUAAAUUAUCUCGUAUGCUUCGACAAGCUGAAGUAGAGGGUUACUUGAAGGGCCUAUCCACAAUUGAAAAAGACACUAAAGAUCAAAUAGAGCAAGAGAUAGUAGAGCUUGAAAAGAUGACAUCUCAAUGCCAGGAAGGUGAUUCCUUCAAACACCAAUACCAAGAGACCAAAGAUGCCGUUGCUCGAUUGACAGACAGCAUUGAAGAAAAGAAAGCAGAACUCCACAAGGCGCUUGAACUUGGUCAGCUGCUGACAACCACUGACGACCUUGAAAUCCUGUUGAGCUCUCUAGAAGAAGCGAUCGGUAAAGCAGUUCCUCAUCAUGUAACGCUGAUGGGCCACGGCCUUGGACGUGCAGACUUGCAAGCCAAACUAAUUGAACUUGAUGCCCGCUUCAAGUAUUAUGAAAGCAACAUUGUGAAAUCAUUCAAAUUGGCUAAAGAACACCCAAUAUCUACACAAGAAACAAAAGAUGUUGUUGAAAGCUAUUUGAGUGAUCUCGAAAAGCGCUGGAACCUGUUAAAAAAGCAAUACAAGACUCGCAAAAUCGAGCUCAGUCGAACAAUCGAUAGCAAAGAACUGUACCAACAGCAGCAGCAAGCACGUAUCCGCAAGUCAUCAUUACCUACGCGUAAGGCUUCAUCUUUACUACGUGCUGCUGACCGAUUGUCACCUACACCCAGCACCUCGUCCUCAUCAUCAUCUGGUUCUUUGCGACUAUCCGUCAUUGGCCGUCACCAGCCUUCAAAAUCAGCUACACAUGUUAAGCCACGGCCUUCAACGCGCCAUGCCAAACCGCCACUGAACUCAUAUGUUGCAGACCCUGAAAAUGAUCUUGAUAUGGAAAUUGGACGCAUUGUAAACAAUGCGCCCUACCGAGUGAAGGUCAAGAUGGUUCCUGGUGAAGUCGGCCGAUACUGGUUUGGUGACGUGAACCCAAAGAUGGCCUACUGUCGUGUGCUCAAGAGCAAGAUGGUCAUGGUUCGUGUCGGCGGAGGCUGGACAGAGCUAUCUCAGUUCCUACGUGAUCACGCCUUACUAGAAGGUGAUUUUAUACCCAAGUCCAGUACUCCCGAAGUGAUACUUGAAGAAGAGCCCUCGAUUCAAGAAGGCUUUAUUGAGACAAGGCGAGCAAAGCCUGUGCCUCGAAGCAUGUCCCCCUCUCAGCGUCCGACAGGAACGCCCAGUCAUUCGACAAACACGUCUGGUGGAUACAAGGAUGGCGAUAAGUUUAUUACAGUCGAUCAACAUGGCAAUCAAUUGGAAGUGAAAAUGAGGCGGUUUUCAAAUGAUGUUAUGGAAAAAAGUAGUAACGGAUAUACGCGAAGACGUAUAGCAAGAAAGAAGGAAAAGCUUAAUAAUCAAGCUGCUGCAAAUGCCUCUACAGGAGUAGCUGGAGAUAACCACAACAAAAGCGAUAACAGUAGUAAUAACAACAGUACCAGCACUGUCAAAAGUCAAACUAAUACCACCAACAGUAGUAGUACUAAUCAUAAUGCAUUGUAA